ACUUUUUCACGGGCAACAAAUUGACAAAGAAUUUUUAAGAUAAUUUCCUGUGGCGAUUGCAGGUUGCGCAAAAGCCACUGGACCAACAAACAGGAUAGGACCGAGUUCAGACCCGAAGUAAGGCAUUGCGGACACCGCGAAAAUUGUGCAAUUUGCGAAGUGCGACGCACCAAACUUUUUUCUCGUAUGCUGUGAGCUGCGAGGAGGCGGAAGUCGGGAGUUGGGAAUCCGGAAUCGGAAUCGGGAAUUCAGAAGCAGGAGUCGGGGGAAAUGGAGCAGAACUCGAACUCGAGCGCCGCCGCGGAGACGUUCGCGGAGUCAGCUGCUCCGGAGGCGGAGUACGGCAUUGAGAACUGCUCCGGAUCCGGAAUGUCGGGCAGCGACACCGUGAGCGCCAAUCACGAGUUCCAGACCAUGAAGCCGGGUCCCGGGGUGGUGCACAAGCUGCCGCCGGUGGCCAGCUCCACCGCCACGGCCACAAAUGGACGCACUCGAGCCGAGCUGCCGCACAGCGAGCUGGUGAAGAUGCUCUACUAUUUGGAGGGCGAACUGCAGGCGCGGGAUGUCUGCAUUGCCGCCCUGAGGAACGAGCGGGUGAAGCAGCUCAUCGCCCAGCUGCGCACCAAGCGCCUCCAGCCCAACGAUCCCUAUGCGGCCAUAUUCCGGGACAAGAUCGCCCUCAAUGGCAACCUCAUCUCGAGGGAAUCAUCCACACAGGCGGCGCAGGCCGAGAUGGAGGUGCGCCAGAUCAUCGAGCAGCAGAUGGAGCAGCAGUAUCAAAUGGUCAGCAAGCAGAGGGCCACGCAUGUGCGCAUGGUGAACAUACUGACAGAAUCGCUGGAGAACAACCAGCGGAUGCUGCAGGAGCUGGAGGAGGAGAAGCGCAAGCACGAGCACACCACGGCGCAGGGCGAUGACAUCACCUACGGCCUGGAGAUGGAGCGCACCAAGCUGAAGCAGGACCUCGAGGAGGAGCGCGCCCAGGUGGCCAAAAUGGAGAAGGACCUGAAGAAGCUGCAGGAGACGCUCGAGUACGAGCGCAAUCGGCAGAAGCAGAUUGUGCUGCUGCUCAUAGCGGAGCGCAAAAAGAUCUUGAUGAAGUACAUAGAAGAAGGCAAAAGAUCCGAGGAUCUGGCCCAAAUCCUGGCCGAGGAGAAGCAGCGUUCGGACACCAUUGCCGAGGGCCUCGAAGAGGAGAGCAAAAAGUCACUGCGCAUGGAGGAGGAACUGGAGAAGCAGACACAUGCCAUGGAGCAGGAACGCAAAGCCCUGUUUGCCAAGCUGGCCAAGGAGGAGCAGCGGGUCAAAGAGCUGGAGGCGGAACUCAACGCCCUGCGCGGCGAGCACGAGGCUCUGAAGAAGCAGCAGCAACUGGGGGGCAGCGGCUCAUCUGUGGCCGCCGCCAAGGCGCGACAGUUCAGCGACGACGCCUGUGCCUCGCCCCCCAUGGCGAACAUCGCCAAGGUCGUGCAACCAACCGCCACGGUGAGCAGCAUGCCGGUUUCGGGACCACAGACCGGCAUCGCCCGCUCCAUAGCCCCGGGCCAGAACAUCCGGAGUGCUGGUAUCGUAACGGCGCCCACGGGCACGGCCACAGCAGUAAUAGCACCACUCUCGGCCGUGCUCAAUCACACCACCAGCAGCAGCACCACGAAUAACACCACCACCGGCAGCAGCAGCUCGGGCGUCGCCAGCAUUGGAGCAGCCACUGCAUCGGCGGCAGAGGCGGCUGCCACUGUCACCGUGCCCCUGGUGGCGCCACCCUCACCCUCGCCGGCGAAGAUGCAGCCCACGGCCACCAUUCAGCGGGCGCCAGGCGGCAAGUAUGCCGCUUUGGCUGCUGCAGCUGCCCUCGACCAGACGGCCACACCACCGCAUCCACAUCCCGUGCCCAUUGCUGUGCCACCGGUCACCGUGCCGCCAGCGGGAGCCCGCGGUGCACCGCCACCCAUACCGACCAAGCCGAUCGUACCGCCCAAGCGGGAGCCCUCGCUGUCCCGGCUGGGCUCGAUCACGGGCAGCAGUGCCAUAGCUUCUGCCACGGCGACGGUGGCGGCUCCCGCCUCCACAACGACCACGGCGAAGCAUAAUUAGACACCCCACUCAGACUCAGAAUCACAUUAUUAACCGAUAUUGGGCGUAGAAUAAGCGAAAUACUCAAGCGGCGUAGUCCCUCGAUGACCGCGCUAGGCAACAGGAUCUUCCAUCUCGAACUGCCAUUAGGAAUCACGUCCUAGGUGAAAAGCUGCCUUUUUAUACUUAUGUAGGUUUCUUUCGGCUUCAGAGCCUUUAAAAGCCAAUAUUUCCAUGCCUGUCACAAAAGUGAAAUGCUUUUAUUUCGUCUAUAGCGUAAUGUUCUAGUUCUAGUAAACAUAACUUUAGCUCUUCUAUUCAACAUUUUUUAACGUUAGUGUUAUUAAUUCUACUGGAAAGAGUUUAAAUUUAGACUUAACCCGUAUUCAAGCCCUUUAAAUUCUUUUCAAAAUAGAAUUCUUAGCAUUAAGAAAUCUUCCUGUCGUUAUUUAACUUUUAAAUACUUUGUACAGCAACUUUACAACUUUUAAAUAAUUAUUGAGCAAAUUAUUAUAUUUUUUAAAGUCAAGUUUUUUUUUUAUUUUUUUAUACCUGCUGUUUUUUUUUUUUAUUAAACUUCGAUAAUUCCUUUUUACUAAGCCCCCAUAGAAGUUGACUAUUGUCAGUUCGAGAUUGGAAUCUUAAAAAGUUUAAGUGUUUAAAUUCAUUAUUCAAGUAUUUUCUGUUGCCUAGUGUGAUGGGCGAAAUAAUGAAAAUUUGGCAUGCAAAGUGAGUAGGAGAAAAGUUUGUUAAGCACUAGAAUGAGGAAUGUGCAGUGCGUCCCACCCCGGCGGCUUCUCGACUAAGUUUAGUUUAGUGUUUAUUGUUUUUACCAAGCGAAUGAUAUAUGUAUUUUAUAAUGCCGUUGGCGGUCCGAGGGCCAAGCCAAGAGACAAGCGACUUUAAUUGUAAUUCCGUACGUGGUGACCGAACAUUUGUACAGGGACGUGCGAUUCUCAUAACGAUUAACAACCAGAAUAUAUAGUAAUUAUAUACAUA